GCCGAAUCCCGUGAGCACGCGUGGGGUAUUAAUUCCUCCAAUUCCUCCCGCGCGCUAUUUUUUCUUUCAGAACCUCGAGGAGAAUUCGAUAUCAAUUUUGACUUUUCUUAAGAACGACGAACGUCUUGCUUUCAGCAGCCAUCCGAAUUAUUGUUAAUACCGUAACAAUGGGUACCCGAAACGUCAUCUGCGUCUAUUACAAAGGCGGUUUCGUCAUCGCUCAAUACGCCCAGUGUAAGCAUCGCGUCGCCUCACCUCCUGGACUCUCUAGAUAUGCUAUGACUGAUAUCUCAUUCUUUAGGGGACGGUUUUCCAGAAGGCCAAGGAACGAAAAUCUGGACGUUCCUCUCCACCCCCGGCAACAUCGCACGCCUCAAACAAGGUCUCGAGCACAUCCAUACCCAGUGGGAGCGGGCGUACAUAAGGUGUCGACAACCGGUUGUCGAUACCUUAUCUAUAUAUUUAUAUGCGCUCGGUUGUAGAUACCCUAUCGAUAAUUGUCGAUACCUUAUCUAUAACGGUUGUCAAUAAAUAGUUACUAAAAUGUCCAAAGUCAUUAAUAAAUUACAACUUUUUUCUACGUAGUUUUAUACUUAUUUCUAUACUUAUUUCUAUACUUAUUUUUACACCUAUUUCUGUACUUUUACGGCUCGAAUCACUCACUUAAAUUAAGUAUAUACAGAGGUUAUAGGUAGGGACAAAAACAACGACUAAGUACACUCACAGGUAGGGAUAGUCGGAACGACUAAGUACACUCGUAGGUAGGGACGGGAGGGAGUAAAAACAAAACGACUAAGUACACUUAUAGGUAGGGACAGGAGGGGGGACAAAAAACGACUAAGUACACUUACAGGUAGGGACAGGAGGGGGUAAAAAACAAAACGACUAAGUACACUCACAGGUAGGGAUAGUAGGAGUAAAGAGAGGGCGGGGGAAGGGCAGUAAUAUAUAGGCAGUACUCGGUAGUACUCGGAAGUACGUACGUAGUAGGAUCUACGUACCUAAAACUAUAAUAAAAGUCUAUUCCUAGCUACUAGACUAGUAAAAGUACUCGCGAAAUCAAGGGAUUAAUAAAAGUACUUAGCGAAAUCAAGAAAACUUAUCCUAUACUUAAUAAAAAAAGGUCUUAUAGAGAACGCUAUAGGGAUAUAUAGACGACUAUUAGAGACUAAUAGACCCUUUUAUAAGAAAAUUAUUUUUUAAAAGAAAACUUCCCCUAUAUAAUUAGUUAUAGAUACCCUAUUAAUAAUUAUCGAUACCUUAUUUAUAACCGGUUAUCGAUACCUUAUCUACACCUACUCGCUCCUACUACCUAGGAAGGUAAGCAAAGCGAUUUUAUAGGGGUAAGAUAGCGUAAGGAAAUUAUAUAUAAUUUUUUUUUAGGUUUAUAGGCUUAGGAGGGUGUUUAUUUAGGUAAUCUAUUUAAUUAGAAGGAGUUUUAGAAAUAUCGAAUUUUUUAAUUUUUUAAUAUUCUAAAAGAUUUUUGGUUGUUAAUAUAGUAUCGACCGGGUGUAGAUAAGGUAUCGACUGGGAGUCGAUAAGGUACUGACUUUUCUGCUCCCACUGGGAUAUAUUAUCGGAAGAAGAAUCAACUAACAUCUAUGACGAGGCAGAGGCGCUCCAGGAUUGGAAGAGUUACAAUCUGAUAUUUCUUACGCAGCCGGCGAACAAGGAGAUAUCUGAGAAACCGAAGAGGGGCGAAGAUGCGGAGUGGCCUCUCGAGUACAAAUCAGAUGGGAGUCCGGAGGUGAUGAAAAGAUUUGAGGUGUGGAAGAAGCAUGUUUUGGAGUUGAAUGAGUUGCAUGGGUUGGAGUGGGACGAUUUCGAUGCCUGGAGGAGGAAAUCGGACCUUCUGAUGAUUGGAUCACUUCAGGAGUUUUGGCCUUCGCUUUCGAGGGAGAUGGGCGCUGGGUAUGUUGAUACUAGGUUUUCUUUUUGUUUGUUUCACUGCGCUUUCUCGCUUCCCCCAUGCGCCUCCUAAAGUCGGUCCUCAGUAUUUGCACUCUUCUCUUUGAAGACUUUGAGACGACAGCGGUUCACUACAUAGUUGCUGACAUCUUCGGUCAUAGAAUUCUCGAAGCCGUUGCAUCUGCCACAGCAGAGUCUCCCUUGCUGAUUAAACUGAGCUUGGAAUUUGUCCUGGACAGCCUCAUGUGUGAAUGGGCCUACGUGGUCGACCUGGACUCUGAGCAACUCGAGGAUUUUUCAAGCAGGUGUGAGGGGACUGAAGGACUAACCAGUGCGAGAUUCGAUGAGGUGGAGGAGCGCCCAAAGGGCCCAGAUGGACGAUCAAGGUCCGUUGGCAUGGCUCCCAACCUUAUUAAGAGUUUUCGUUUUGAUGAGCUGCCAAGUAGUGAGGAUGAAUUUGUUGCGAGUUGUAAUCGUAGUAUGAUAAGAAGUGACGAGGAAGACGAGGAAGACGAGGAGGAUGGAAAUGAGGCCGAAGAAGCUGGCAAGGAGGACAAGUCUAUCACUGGUACGGCGCUCUCUGACCGCCCCAAACCACCCACUACAACAGGGGUAGUAGAGAAACCUAACAAAGAUGCUCAGGCUGAGAGCAAACGUGAGAUCAAGGGAGACGGAGCUGGCAAGGGAUCUCCAACUUCGUCUGUUGAUUAA